UGCCUGACCUCUUUCUGUGCUUCAGUUUCUCAUGUUUAAAAUGGAUGAGACUUUUGUCCUUUAUCUUCCUCCCUUCCAUCUGCCCUCUUACUAACAGCUUUUUCCCUUCUGUCAUUCCACCUGCGUAUUUUCUCAUCUUCUAUAUUUUGUUUCCUCUACCCCAUAACCUUUUUUCCUCUUUGUCAUCUUUUUAUGUAUUUUCUCUUUAAUCUCUCUUUCUUGUCCUCUCCUGCUUGCCUCACCUCUCUUUUCUCCUUCCUUUUUUUCAUCACUAUCGGCACACCAAUAUAGGUUUGUAUUUCUGCCAUCUAAUAUCAGGGAUUCAGGACUGCAGCAGAGCAUGGAGGAAGAUUUAAAUUCUUAUACAUUGUGUAAGACUUUGACCAAGAAAAUCACUUCUCUUUUGAAAGCGGGAAUUUGUGACCACGGUGGAUAUUGCGUUAGAUUGCAAGGUCCUUGCGGGCACUUCACUACACUUCAAGCUUACAUUAGUACCCCGUGGGUUAGACAGCAAGCGGUGAAACGCUGAAUGCAAGAUAAUUUUUCCCGUUUCUAAUUUUGGUGAAAUCUGCUUUUAAUUUUGACCUUUUGCAUUUUUAUUAUAUGGGCCUUAGUGGUGUAUUGCUGUUAAACAUUAUCAGACCUCCCUUAUACCGUCAGGCAUUUGGGAAUUUUGUAUUUUUGUGAUGUUUAAAAAACAAAAACCAAACCCGUUGCCAUCAAGUUGAUUCCAACUCACAGAGACUCUGUGGUGUGACAGUCAUUAAAGGUGUGAGAUCAGCUAGUACGUUGCUGAUGUAUUGACUAAAUAGUGUUAUGUAAAUGAUGAAAAAUUCUGAUGUCUUCAGUUCUUCUUUAGGUAGAAGUAAGACCGGCUGAAUGUCCUUUUUUCUCCCUCGUUUUCAAUAUCGUCUGUGGGGCCCUAGAGAAGUGCUGCCUAGUAGAAAUAUAAUGUGACCCACAUACAUAAGUCUAAGUUUUCUAGUAGUCCGUAUUAAAAAGGUGAAAACAAACAGGCCAAAUCUUAAUAACGUAUUUUAUUUAAUUCAGUACAUCUAAAAUAUUUCAACAUGUAAUCUAUGUAAAAAAUUAUAAAUUAUUUAACAUUCUUAUUUUAUUCUGCAUUCAAAAUUAGCACAUCUCAGUUCGUACCAGCCACUUUCCAAAUGCUCUGCUGCAUGUGGCUGAGGGCUGUUGGUGUUGAACAGCGCAGUCUUAGACACUGGCUUGGGGAUCUUUUAUAUUUUGUCCAUUGAGAGUUAAAUAUUCUAGGUUUUUGAAAGAGAAAUGAAGUUAUUAUUUGUUGACCUGCCGAGAACUGGCAAGGAGAUACCAGGAAUGUUUGAAUUUUGUGAUGUUAUAUUGUCAUUCUCUUGAAGUCAAAUACGUUUAUUGUUUACAGUGCUGGCCUGGACAGGAUAUCUCCCGUCCAGAAUUGUGGAAGUGUAUUUGGGUUACAAUGAUAUGACAAAGUAAAAAUUGUAACGAUUGGGCUGGCUUCUGUAAAGCAACCUGUAACCUGGCUGUCUCUGGGAAGUCAUCCAUUGAUGCUCAGAAAAAAGAACAUGUAAACUAUUUCCUGUAAUUUAUAUGUGAUUACUUUCUCACAUGUAUGGUGUUUUCGUUUCUGAAGAAUAAGAUGCGCUUGGUGUAGAGAAUCAUUAACCCAAUCCCUGCCCCAAGUGAGGGACGCUCCAGGGGCCGUCAUGUGAUUGGGAGGCCUCAGCACCUAUCGGUGCACACACGCGGCCAGCUGGCCCUGUGCCCGCUUAUCUCCUUCAGAGGGAAGGGGUUAGAGCCCUCUGAGCAAAUCUUAUUGGUAAAGUCAUGUACGUAUUGCUUUUUUUAAGAGCCAUUUCCUUUCGGUUUUAACCAUAUCACUGUGACUGCAAAGAGUUUGCACCAGUUUGUCAGCAGAGCAGCUUUCAGCUCUGAUGGUUUACAAGUGUGCCUUCAUCUACGGAGAAAGGCACGCUUGAGAGGCUAGUUCAAUUUUAAGAUGUUUUACUUAGAAGAUGAUAGCGCAGAUGAGGAGGAGGAGGAGGUACAUGAAGGCUCAUUAAGUACAACUCAAGGUGUUUAUCAUGGAAAGGCCCCUUCUAAUAUCCUGUCUCAAACCAUGAAUUAUGUGGGACAGCUGGCUGGGCAAGUGAUUGUCACUGUGAAGGAACUCUACAAGGGCAUUAACCAGGCCACCCUGUCGGGGUGCAUUGAUGUUAUCGUGGUCCGGCAGCAGGAUGGCACCUAUCAGUGCUCCCCGUUCCAUGUCCGGUUUGGGAAGCUGGGAGUCCUGCGAUCCAAGGAGAAAGUGAUCGAUAUAGAAAUCAAUGGCGAUGCAGUGGAUCUUCACAUGAAAUUAGGUGACAACGGAGAAGCUUUCUUUGUGGAGGAGACCGCAGAGGAAUAUGAAAAGCUUCCUGCUUACCUUGCCACCUCACCAAUUCCUACUGAAGACCAAUUCUUUAAAGAUAUUGACCCCCUUUUGAUGAAAUCAGGUGGAAAAGAAAGAUUACCUCUGAGUUCAGACAUCUCACACACCUUGGAGGCAGAGACAGUUUUCACUCCAGGUUCUGUGAAAAAGAAAAAACGAAGGAGAAAGAAAUGCAAACAAGACAGUAAGAAGGAAGAUCAGGCUGCUUCUCCUGCUGCAGAAGACGCAUUCACUGUGGAUAGAAGCUCAGACGACGAGAAGGGAGCCCAGUCAGCCAGAGGGUCUUCAAAUGCUUCCUUAAAGGAAGAAGAAUCUAAGGAACCUUUGAUCUUCCAUCCUGGGGACCACUACCCCUUAUCUGACGGAGAUUGGUCUCCUUUGGACAACACUUAUUCCCAGGUCGUGUGUCCUAAGAGUGAUUCAGAACUGGAGGUGAAGCCUGUCGAGAGCCUGCUCAGAUCCGAGUCUCACAUGGAGUGGACGUGGGGCGGGUUCCCAGAGUCCACCAAGGUCAGCAAACGAGAGAGAUCUGACCAUCAUCCCAGGACAGCUACAAUUACACCUUCAGAAAACACUCAUUUUCGGGUAAUUCCCAGCGAGGACACCCUUGUGAGUGAAGCUGAGAAGGACACUUCCCUGGCAGACACAGUCUGUACCGUAGUGAAACCCAAGCCCAGAGCCCUGUGUAAGCAGGCGAGCGAUACAGCCUCCACCGCAGAACUUCUUGAAGCUCCUCUUGGGACUCCUCACGUUUCAUCUAUGUUAGAUGCAGACCACCUUCCUAGCCCAUCACUGCUGGAGGCUUCCUUGGAGUUAAAGCCAGCAGCUAAAGUAGACUCACCAUCAAAGAAGAAAGGUGUCCACAAGAGAAGUCAGCACCAGGGACCUGAUGAUAUUUACCUAGAUGACUUAAAGGCUCUGGAACCUGAAGUCGCUGCCCUCUAUUUCCCUAAAAGUGAAUCAGACCCUGGCUCCCGGCAGUGGCCUGAGUCGGACACAUUCUCUGGCUCCCAGUCCCCACAGUCUGUGGGAAGUGCAGCCGCAGACAGCGGCACUGAGUGCCUCUCCGAUUCUGCCAUGGACUUGCCCGAUGUCACCCUCUCACUUUGCGGGGGCCUCAAUGAAAACGGAGAAAUUUCUAAAGAAAAAUUCAUGGAACAUAUCAUUACUUAUCAUGAAUUUGCAGAAAACCCUGGACUUAUAGACAACCCUAAUCUUGUAAUACGGAUAUAUAACCGUUACUAUAACUGGGCUUUGGCUGCUCCCAUGAUCCUUAGCUUGCAAGUAUUCCAGAAGAGUUUGCCUAAGGCAACAGUUGAGUCCUGGGUCAAAGAUAAGAUGCCAAAGAAAUCUGGUCGGUGGUGGUUUUGGCGUAAGAAAGAAAGCAUGACCAAACAGUUGCCAGAGGCCAAGGAGGGAAAAUCUGAGGUACAGCAAACCAGCGAGCUGCCAUCGAACGCUAAGGAGCAAGCCAGUGCCAGGCUGUCCGAGGAUGACUCAUCGAGUGACGAGGCCUCCCAAGAGCUUGAGGAAUCCAUCAAAGUAGACCCCGUUCCUGGGGAGCGCCUGAUCCACAGCAACACGACCUCGUACAAGAAGUCCCUCAGACUCUCCUCGGAGCAGAUCGCAAAACUGAAGCUCCAAGAUGGGCCAAAUGAUGUUGUAUUUAGUAUCACAACCCAGUAUCAAGGUACCUGCCGCUGCGCAGGGACCAUUUACCUGUGGAACUGGAAUGACAAGGUCAUCAUUUCUGAUAUUGAUGGGACAAUAACCAAGUCUGAUGCUCUGGGACAGAUCCUCCCACAACUGGGUAAAGACUGGACUCACCAGGGUAUAGCAAAGCUGUACCAUUCCAUCAAUGAGAACGGCUACAAGUUUCUGUAUUGUUCUGCCCGCGCCAUUGGCAUGGCUGACAUGACCCGUGGCUACCUCCACUGGGUCAAUGACAAGGGCACGAUCUUGCCUCGGGGCCCUCUGAUGCUGUCGCCCAGCAGCUUAUUCUCCGCCUUCCACAGGGAAGUGAUAGAAAAGAAACCAGAGAAGUUCAAAAUUGAAUGUCUAAAUGAUAUCAAGAAUUUGUUUGCCCCGUCUAAGCAGCCCUUCUAUGCUGCCUUUGGAAACCGCCCAAAUGAUGUCUACGCCUACAUGCAGGUUGGAGUCCCAGACUGCAGAAUAUUCACCGUGAACCCCAAGGGGGAGUUAAUACAGGAAAGGACCAAAGGAAACAAGUCAUCGUAUUACAGGCUGAGUGAGCUUGUGGACCACGUGUUUCCACUUCUCAGUAAAGAACAGAACUCCGCCUUUCCCUGCCCAGAGUUUAGCUCCUUCUGCUACUGGCGAGAUCCCAUCCCCAAUGUGAACCUGGAUGACCUGGCCUGAGGAGACCCCUCCUGGGGGUGGGGGCCCCGGUCACUCAGCCUCACAGGAAGGGAAGUGACUGGCUUCUGCUGGACAGAGGACCUUGAGCUGCCCUUGGAGCCAUGGGACCGGGAGCACUCCCGGAGCUGGGCUGCGUCUCUCUUCACUUACCCAGGUGGCUCCUUGGGCUCAGCAGCGCCUGGAGCUCAGCACCCGCGUGGGGCGUGGGGGAGCUCUGAGCUGCAGGUGGAGCCUGGGCAGCUGUACUUGUGCCCGUCCUCACACGUGCUUUGUGUUGAGCUGGGUGGAGGGUGCGCCUUUCAUUACACAAUUUGAAAGGAAGAAAAGCAUAGCUGAAAAAGAAUGGACUAAAACGUUCCAUAAAGUAAAGUCAUCUCAUUUCCACUGGGUAGCUGAGAUUCAGCUUCUCUCUCUAACCCGGGUCCACCGAACUGCCGCAGGUCCAGUUAGGAUGUUGGUUAAAACCGUCCGUGCACGUUUCUUCUCUGGACUCCUCCCUGCUCCCUGAACUAGGGUGGCUGCUUCAGGGUGCCGGGUGAGCAGUGCUGGUGGGGCCACAGAGCCACGUGAGCAGCCCUGGCGGGCCACGCUGUCUACAAAGCCCGACAGACAUGGUUUCUGACACUGAGCAUUAUGGGCUUCUCAUCUGUGACUACUCCACAGUGGGAGGCCUUUAAGUUAUUUCUUAGACCUCUCCAGAAGAAACGGGUCUUGCAGGUAUAUAUUUGAUGUUUGCAAUAAAAAUCUUAUUAGUGGAAAUGAAGUUAAAAAAAAAAAAAUGCAACAACUUCGUCCAUUUUCAGGGAGGCCUUGGAAAUGCAGAUGUACCAUUGUGACCUGUCCUGGGAAGACCCUUUCCUCUGUCCCUGGGCCUGUUGCCCAUCAAGUGGGCGUCUGGGUGGCUUGGCUUUGGGACAGGGUUUCUAAAACUUUGCACUUUAGAUUGUCAGGGAAGCACAGGGAAGCUCACGUGAGGCCACAGGCCGACAGUUGGGCUUUGGCAUUUGGAAUCACAGCCAUGGAUAAAACCCAGGAAGCAUUUAAGAGAGAGCUCCUAGAGCUGACCACCCCUCACAUCUGUGAGUCCCCAUUUUGACUGCUCCCAUCAGCCGGGGACACGUGCACCCUGUGAGAUCUCAUGGUCACCUGGGGGGAGGCCUGUGUAUUUUCCCUGAAAAAAUGAAGAGCAGUUCAGUUUCCCGAGCUGGCUGUAAUGAGCUCAUGUCAGAUGUCUGGGCAGCCCGUACAGGGACAUGUGCAGUGAGCCCCUCCAGAGGUGGUGAUCAGCCAGUCAUUUCCAGGAGCCUGCAGAGAUCAGGGUGGUGUUGACAAUCACCUCAGCAUUAAAGUCAAGAGAGCUGUUGGAGAGGAGGCCUCAGAGGACCCAUGACGACCACAGUCAUAGUUCUCUGAAGAGAGCAAUGAGCUGAGGCCCAGAGCAGAGAGAGCCGCAGAGACAGGCCAGCGGUUCCCUGGCCCCCCUUCCCUGUGACUGUAUUGUGGGCUGUUCUUGUUUUAGCUCGCCUCACCCCAGAUAACACUGAUCCAGAGACGGAGACAGAGGGCGGUGAUGUUCUGGAGUAGAGGGUUGGUAUUCCUUGACUCAGCUGCUGCUUCCUAGUGCUGUUGGAUGCAGAGACAAUGUUGAGAUCCUUUGAAUACAGGUCUCAGUGGCAGAACCUGAAGGCACAUGUUCCCAGGGAAGCAGUGACACGUGCUUUCUCCAGUUCAGACCUUCUCACCUUGAACAUUUCAGGACUCAUUGUUCAAUGAGCUGGAUUGACAUGUUCAUGUACCAUAGGUUAGGGCAACUAUAUUUAUGUGAAGUUCUACCUUAGUAGUGAAUUAAAAUGCUUGGAGAGCAGAUGCCAGUUGCUUCAUUUCUGUCUAUAACCUGAGUUCCGUGAACUGCCACCGGUCCAUUUAGUAAUGUUGGUUAAAACGUCACUGAGUGCCAUCAGCAUGUCCUCCGGACAGACUGGGGCGGAGGGAGAGCAUGAGCCUUACUGAGCUUCGAAGCGUUCCUUUGCAUAUGCGCGGUACGAAAAAUCGUUAACAUACACCUUCUUUAGUGCUUUGUACGUUGUCCUCUAAAGAGUUUUAAACUAGGUGAUGUGUUUGUUUUUCCUAACAAGCUCUUCUCUUUGGACACCCAGGCCUUCCUCAGAGAGCCCAGCUGGGAAGCCAGGUCUCCAGCCCUGAGCUGUGGGGGCUUGGUCCCUUUGUCUCAGUGUGCAUAAGCAGUAGGCUUUGUCACUUUAUCACUGCAAGUUGAUCCAGUGGGUAUAUAUGCUAAUUAAUGUGAGUCUUUUUCCUUAUUUAAAGGAGUCUCUCUUACUGAAAGUAUAUGAUUUACUAUUACGAUAGUGUUAUGGAAGUGUUAAGUUUGUGCUAAAAACCCAUUGCCAUUUGGUACAAAUGACAUUUGUUCUUUCUGUGAAAGAGAGAUGCCCUUGAGUGUGUUUGUACACAAGCCCUUAGGAUGGUGAGUUCAUGACGCAUCACCCUCAGGAUGUUUGUCGUGAUGGGGAAACCGCAGGAGCCUGCAGGGCAGAUGGGCUUUUCCACGUCAUUCUGUCAGUGGCCCCACUGAUUAAGUGGUCCCUCUUUCCAAUCCAAUCUAACUUUAGUUUUUGCGUUAACGUCCACGUGUUUAAGGUUGUACUUCUGUGAAGUGUAGACUUCAGAAUCCUGGUCAGGCUUUAGGGGAGUACACGUGUGGAUCUGGAGCAGGCAGACUACCCCGUGCUUGAGUGCCGUGUUUGCCACAUGUAAGGACAUCUGCAUCUUUUUCAGAUGGAAAAAGAAACACUAGUGUGGUGUCCUAACGUGAGAGCUGCCAAGAGCUGUGCAGGCUCUUCCGGUCCGGCCGCUCUUCACUGUGGCCGAGCGUUGAAAAGCCCCAGCUCCCUGGUGACUGGAGGCACGUCUGUCGUGGGUCCCACCACUGGGGGCCUGCGCGCAGCACCUCCUGCACUUCGCUCCAGCAGGUGCAGGCCAGGCCUUUCACUGACAGUUAGCAAGUGAGCGCUUUCUCUUUCUGAAAGUUGAGAACAGACUCGCCAAGGGGUUUUUAUCCGCUUUUCAUGCAUCACAUUUACUCUAGGAAGCCUGGGUUUUCCUUGUUUUAGAGCAUGCUGGGCUUAAUGAAAAUGGUUAAAAAUUGACUUUUUGUUUAAGUGCUCUUUCCAGGUGAAAACUGUUUUGUUUUUUUCCUUUGUUUUGAAGGUAAGAAAGGGAGGGGAAACUGCUUUCAAUUUGACAGUUCAGUUUAUGAUAAAGUAUUUGAUUAUUAGACAGCAAUACCACUAGUAAGUUUUAAAUUGUCGGAAAUGAAUUGUAAACAUCAGUACUCUUAGUUAUGGUAAAGACAGUUGUCUUGAGAUAAAUGGAUAUUUUGGUGCAAUGUUUGAUGUUCAAAAUAAAAUGUUAAAACAAUAAACAAAUGUAAACUCCG